UGCAAGCGUUGGGAAAGAGGCAAAAAGCAGAGCUUUGGUUUGGUUUGGUUUGGGUCCAAACUCCAAACACGAUAUUUUCUUUUUCGAUUGUGAUUCCUAGUAAUAAUUAGUUAAUUAAUUAGGUAUUACAAAACAAUUUAUUUAUUUGUUGAUGUACUCUCAAAUCUGCCCACCUUCUUCCUUUUGGCUACCUGUUUUCCAGUUUACUGUUCUCUUCUCUUCUCGCCUCUUUCCUUCCCCACUUUAUUGUAUCUCCUGUCCGCAUCUGCAGCCCUCUGUUCUUCUCUGCCCGUCAAUUCCUUACCUACCCACAUUCAAUAAUCCAAUUUCAGUUUUGGGCAGCGCCAAAGCUUUCUCCUUUGUCACCGCCUUGGGGUGUCUGCCUAAUUGUUAGCUGUGCCCGGUAGGUGUUCGUGUAAUUGUGUGAACCAACACAGAGUUGUUACUUUGCCCUCCUUUUUCCCCUCGGUUUUGAAUGAUCCGGGGUAUGGCUGCGUCGAUCAACCCAUUAGCCAGUUGAAAUUCUUGUCGAUUGGAGUUGGCGGAGGACACCACAGACGCUAGGAAUGAGGGAUUUUGCUGGCACGCCGGGGACUAUGACCGGGCUUUUCCUGCGGAUUUCUCAAUGUGUGUUUGCGGCUGGGUCGAUCACUGCUAUUUCCACCACUUCUAGCUUCUUCAACUUCACUGCUUUCUGCUACCUAAUUGCGUCAAUGGGUUUGCAAGUGAUCUGGAGCUUUGGACUUGCGUUGCUAGAUUCUUAUGCUUUGGUGAGAGGCAAAAUUCUGCACAACUCUCUAUUGGUCAGCCUUUUUGCUGUGGGAGAUUGGGUGACGGCAACCUUGUCUCUGGCGGCGGCUUCUGCUUCCGCCGGCAUCACCAUACUUCUUUUUCAUGACCUGGGACACUGCGGUUUCGUUGGAGAAUGCCAAAAGUACCAAAUGGCAGUGGCGUUGGCUUUCCUCAGCUGGGUCUCUAUCGCGACAUCCUCGAUCAUCAUGCUGUGGUUGAUGGUAGAAGGUGGGGAUUUUUGAGCUUUUCACAAGAUGGUAAGUAGGAAAACAUCAGGUGGACAGGAUAGAAGUACAUAGUCACACACAAAGGUUUACUUUGUAAUUUGGAUAAUAAUGAAGCACAUACUGUGUAUAUAGAACAACUGCAAAGGAAGAAGCAAUUUGUCAUUGGCUAGCAAAUUUGUGAAGGAAAACGUGGGUAUUUUAGGACAGCUUUAUUACUGUUAUAUUCUGAAGACAUCAGAUUCUGGUUUCAAACAUCGUAUUGGUGGAAUGUGGCAUUGAACAAGUCAUGUGGCUAUCUGACGAAUGCAGGUACACUGGUUGGUUUGGAGAAACGAAUCUCAGCUCCCUACCGAACUUGUCCUCAUCUUCUGUGUUAGGUUGAUGAUUUCACUGGUGCCCACAUUUCCGUCAGCUGUAAGUAUUUAAUGGAUCUGUGUGGUUCAGAUCUGUGGGGCGCAAGUGGGAACAACACAAGCCCUGAAUCUUCGGGGCAAGGCGGAGAUGAGAAUGGAAGGUUAUGGCCAAAGAUCUGGCUCGUUCUCCAGCUUCCCCCAAACAUCAGUGGGCCUACUUUGCCACCGGUUAUCUUAGCAGAUGUGGGCUCAUCUACUCAGCCCACUGAGUUGGUCGUCUCUCUUCAGUCCGUCAUAGGCCCAGCGACCGUCAUCUUGAGUGCUUGACUAUCAAACCAUCUUGUUCGGUUGAUAGUUUUUUUUUGGUGGGAUUGUUCAGUUGAUAGUUGAUACUAUCUAUUGGAAUAAGUCGUGGAUGGUUCAUUUUCUAUUUACACGUGCCGCUACGCUUUUCUUCAUGAUGCAUCAAGAGAAGGUUUACAUAGCUCAACGACUCAACCCCUUGGAUUCGUUGAUUAAGCUCAGCCAAAUCAUGUUUGUAGCAAGUUUUCUAAAAUCGUAUCGAGUAUAAUUUCAUUGUGAGAAGGUAUUUAUUUAUUUAAUCAUUACGAAUCGUCUACAUCCAAUUCAAUAAUAUCGAACACCUGUA